UCGCUCGAUCCCCAUCACCAGCGCCUCCUCACCCUCUCCCUCGAUCCCAUCCUCCCCGACGCCCUCCCCUACCUAGCGCCCUGCCUUGCUCUGCCAUGAACGCCCGGAAGACCUCGCGGCUUCCUCCCCCAGUUUUCGUCGUCCACUCGAGAGGAGCUCGCGGCUGCCCGACGUCGGAGCUCCUCCGGCCAUGGCGCCCGCGCUGGCAACCCUGCAGGUCGCUGCCCCGCUCCCUCAUCCCGCCCCACCGGAGCCCAGCAGGUCGAAGACCGCUCCUCCUCUGCCUCGCGUCGCCCUCCGCCGUCAAGUGCUUCCCCCGUCCGGAUCCGUCGGGCCCUGCCAUGGCUGCGACCUCCUGUCAAGCGCCGGGACGAAAAACAGCAGCUCCCUUCUGCGCCCUCCAGCGACCCCACCGUCCGGCCGUCGCGUUGUCAUCUCCAGCUUCCCGCGCCCUCUGACCUUCGCUGCUACCCAGCGUCGUCACCUUCCUGCAUCCAUGGCCGGCCCCUCCGAGAGCUUGGCAGGAACCGCGUCCUUCCACCCCGACGGCGCCCAAGGCCCCAUGUUGCCAUGGCCUUUGCUGGUGUUAGCUGUUGCUCCACACACGCCCCUGCUAGUUGCUUCGACUCUCUGCCCGAGCUCCGUUUUUCAUCAUGGACGUGGGGUAGCUGCUGAACCUCGCCAUGGUUCUGUCCAACGCCGCAAGUCAGACGCCAGGAGCACCUCAAGUUCGACUAC